GUUCAGGCGCCCGCCUAGCCGCCUAGGCCCCGGAGUGGCACCGAAUUCCUUUCUUCCUUUACAAUUAACAAUAACAUUGGUAAUCGUUAUUGAGCCGGAAAUGCAGAAUUCCUUUCUUCCUUUACAAGCGCAAUGCCCAUGCUUCGGUUCAUCGCCGUCACGUUUCCCGUGAAAAUUCCUUACCCAAACCUCUCACUCUUUCUUCUUCAAAUGCCACACGAAAAAGUAAUUAAGAACGCUAUAAUUAAAGACACUCUCAGUUUUGUUUGUUCCUUUCUUCCUCGCUCACAUGAUUAUAGCCUGUUGUCGUUUUUCUGAUCGCGUGGGGAUACUUUAUCUUUCAUGUUCGUGAUUUAACAGGUCGCUGAUGAUGAUGAGCCGAUCCAGGAUGAUUCUAAGGCUUUACUUUUGCAUUUGAUUUUUGAGUUCUCAAACUCCAUAAAUUUGACUCCGAUCUGAAGGUUAGUGUUGGGGGAGGUUCUGUAUUCGAACAAGCAAAUCUUUGCAAGAGAGAGAAAAUUAUUGUUAUUUAGAUAGACUGUGCAGGAAGAGAUGCUUCAGUGUAUGUAGAAGAGGAAGUACGAGUUCUGCAGAUGCCGGUGACGAAGAUUCUACCGAUCAGUUCGCGAGCUCAGGCAGAGGCAUCUAUUCGUAAUGACUCCUCUAAGCCGAUUACGAAAUCUCGAUUCAAGCGACUUUUUGAUCGGCCGUUCCCAAGCGUUCUGCGGAAUUCAUCUGCGGCGGAAAAGCUCAGCGCUGCCCAUGUACCUGGUGGUGAGUUGCUUCACGGCAAGGAAGGAUUUUCAGCGGUGGUGGCUGAAUACGAGCCGAGCUCUGUUUGCCUGACGAAGAUGGUUCACAAUUUCAUGGAGGAGAGCAACGAGAAGCUGCCGCCGAAGGCCGUGAAGUGCGGACGCAACCGCUGCAAUUGCUUCAACGGCAAAGGCGACGACAGCUCCGAUGACGAUUUUGACUUCACUACCUUCGGAUCUCUUGCCAACUCUUCCGAUUCUCUCAAGAGUUUAGUUCUUUGUGCGACGGUUUCCGAGAGAAACAUAUUAGCAGACGCCUCCAAAAUUGUGGACAAGAACAAAACAUUCAAAUGUAAUAAAGAAGAAUCCAGAAAAAUCGUCGCCAAAGGCCUCUUAUCUCUAGGCUACACCGCUUCUAUCUGCAAAUCCAAAUGGGAAAGCACCUGCUCCAUUCCAGCAGGUGAAUAUGAAUUUAUAGAUGUAAUUGUUGAAGGAGAAAGGGUGUUCGUGGACCUAGAUUUUCGAUCGCAGUUUGAGAUCGCGAGGUCAACGGGAGGUUACAAGGCCAUUUUACAGUUGUUGCCGUUCAUAUUCAUCGGAAAAACUGACCGGCUUCUGCAGAUCGUGUCGAUUGUGUCGGAAGCCGGGAAUAUGAGCUUGAAGAAAAAAGGGAUGCAUAUCGCACCAUGGCGUAAAGCCGAGUACAUGAAAGCCAAGUGGCUCAGCCCUUGCAGCCGCACUUCUCCGCCUGAAGCGGAAGCUGAGCGAAUAGCGAUAGAGAUCGAAGCUGGAGCUGAGACCGAGGGUGAUGAGUUAGAUAUCAUUUUCGGAGAUAAAGCGACGUGUCUCUGUACAAACAAGAUAAUGCCUUUAUCGGUCUCACCCCCACCAGAGAAGUGGGAUGUGGUAAAAUGGCAACCACCGGAGAGAAAGCCCAAAGGCAGUGAAAAAGCCAACAAGAUUGUAGUCACUGGAUUGACAGCCCUCCUCAAGGACAAAUACUGCAAAUUACCGAGCAGUAGAGAGUAAUUGGGUUUGAAAAUUGCUAUUCGUACACGUUCUCAGUUCUCUACACGUGUACAUUGUACCCGUCGUUUUUUAUCCGUGAACAUGCUAUUUUUGUAAAGAGAAUGGUUUACGAGAUAGAUACAUAAUCUCUUUACAAUAAUAACGUGUUCACGGAUAAAAAUUGACGCGUACUAAGGUGUGUACCAGAAACAAUUUUUUUUAUACUCCGACAAAGAAGUUCCUAACUAUUUGAGUACUCCCAAAAUAUGUCAAGAGAGGGAGAGAUGAGUAGACUUUUCAAUCGGCAUCUUUUUUGCUUCCUUUCUGUAUUGAUAUUUCUUGCAAAUAGAUUUUAAUGUAAUUAUGUAAUGGUAAUAUAUUAACUAGUAUAGUACUCCUCAGAUGCAUGAGUGAUUACAUUUAAUGAUGUGUGAAAUAUAUAUUUAAAAGCGAAAAUAACU